CGAUUUAGAACUAGUAGAAAUAAAUGGCAAGAGAAGAAAAUGCCGCAUACUUUCUAACGAAUUAAUCGAGAAAUUAAGAGAAAUAUAUUCAGAGGGUAACACCGGUUAUAAUCCGCCUAUAAAAUUUAUUGAUUUUGAAUUAGACAAAAAAAAACUUCUGCAAGAAGACGCAAAAAUUUCUUCGGAUGGAGUAUUAUGGGUUAAUUUUGUUAUUAAAACAACUACUGACCCCGCACUUCACAUCAGUGAUUUUUCGCUAUUUUUUUACCAAGAAAAAGCCAAUGAAACCAAAUACGUCCGCCCUUACGCCCUCGGUCAAAUCAAUUUAAUUAUCAAAAAGGGCAAUAUUGACUUAACUACUUUAGCAGAUUCCGGACUUUUCCUAAACGAAAGUUAUAUGAGUGACCCGACCGCAUUAAUGAGUUCAAGAAAAAGCAACCAAAGCAUUACUGAAACAGAAUUAAACAAUAACCGUCCCAACUGGCAAAAUCACCUCCGUUCUUUGAAAAAUAGAAAAGACAUUACUGAUUACCAAACUAAACAAUUAGAAAAAGAUAUUGAAAAUUUGGUGUCUGCCAAAAAGAAAAAUGAGGAAGAACGCCAACAAGCCGAAGCCGAGGCUC